UGGGCCAGGCCUCCGCGAGAGAGGUACGAAGCUCCCCAACCUUGCACAUCGAAGUCACGAGCCUCGCCAUCGAGGCCAAUGCAGCUGACAAAGGGCGGCGGCCUGUCUUCUAGUCAUGCGGCGUCGUCGUCGACCUGAUUCGAGCUCAUAAGAUGGCCGGUAGGGGGGUAUUGCUGGCAGGCGGUCCCGGCACCGGCAAGACUGCCCUCGCGCUGGCCAUCAGCCAGGAGCUCGGCACCAAGAUCCCCUUCUGCCCCAUCGUCGGCAGCGAGAUCUACUCGACCGAAGUCAAGAAGACGGAGAUGCUCAUGGAGAACUUCCGAAGGGCCAUUGGCCUCAAGGUCCGCGAGACGAAGGAGGUGUACGAGGGCGAGGUCACGGAGCUCACGCCCGAGGAGGCCGAGAACCCGCUGGGAGGGUACGGCAAGACCAUCAGCACGCUGCUCAUCGGGCUCAAGAGCGCCAAGGGCCAGAAGAAGCUGCGCCUGGACCCCAGCAUCUACGAGGCGAUCCAGAAGGAGAGGGUCACCGUCGGCGACGUCAUCUACAUCGAGGCCAACACGGGCGCCUGCAAGCGCGUCGGCCGGUCGGACGCGUACGCCACCGAGUUCGACCUCGAGGCCGAGGAGUACGUGCCCAUCCCCAAGGGCGAGGUGCAUAAGAAGAAGGAGAUUGUUCAGGACGUGACCCUGCACGACCUCGACGUCGCCAACGCGCGGCCCCAGGGCGGCCAGGACAUCAUGAGCAUGAUGGGCCAGCUCAUGAAGCCCAAGAUGACCGAGAUCACGGAGAAGCUGCGCGCCGAGAUCAACAAGGUCGUGAGCAAGUACAUUGACCAGGGCGUGGCCGAGCUGGUUCCGGGCGUUUUGUUCAUCGACGAGGCACACAUGCUCGAUGUGGAGUGCUUCACCUACCUCAACCGAGCACUGGAAUCGCCCAUCUCCCCCAUUGUGGUGCUGGCGUCGAACCGCGGAAUGUGCACAAUAAGAGGCACCGACGACAUUGUUGCGGCCCACGGCAUUCCUACCGACUUCCUGGCCCGUCUGCUCAUCAUUCCCACGGCGCCCUACCAGGCCGACGAGAUCAAGAAGAUUGUGCGGAUACGCGCCUCCACCGAGGGCGUCUCCAUCAGCGACGCCGCCAUCGAUAAGAUUUCGGACCACGGCGUCCGCAUCAGUCUGCGGUAUUGCCUCCAGCUGCUGACCCCUGCCAGCAUUCUCGCAAAGGCCAACGGCCGUUCCCAGAUCGACGUCGCCGACGUGGCCGAGUGCGAGGAUCUGUUCCUCGACGCCCGGCGCAGCGCGACGCUGUUGAGCACCGAGGCUGGACGGGGUUACAUUUCGUAGGCAGCCAGGCAAGCGGAGCCGACGGCCGCGUCGACAAAUAAAUCUGAAGAGAGAGAGAGGGUACCCCUUUAGACUUGGAAGCGUAACUAUGCGAGACGGAGGCCCGAAGAGUAGCCAAGGGUUUUUCAACGGGAUUUUGAUUUUGGCGGAUGGUCCGGCGCCGGGGAGAUUAUGCCACUUUCACGGUUAUUUGUUUUUCACUCUAUCUUGCUUUACGAGGCCAAAAGGGAGACGGGGGGAAGGGGCACAACAACGCCUCGUGAGAAUCCCAAAAAAACAGACAGUGACGAUACUAUUGCCCAUAACGGGGCGCCGCUCCCCCCCCUUUGGGCGAAACACCGAACGGGGCAAGGGGCCUUGUCAUUGGGUUUUCUGGCGUCCUUCCAAGCUUUUUCGGGG